AUUCCGUGGUGUUUUUAACUGCUUAGCUUUACCAACGAUUGAACAUGCAAAGUGAUAAGAGAAGGAAACUGGAGUCGUCAAAGAACGUGGUGAAACCUCGUAUCUUUACUCCCUUCAGAACCAUUGGUCAAACAACAACUGAUUUACCAUUUGCAGUGGGAACUCUUGGUUCGACUUUCUACAUUGCAACUUCCGUCGGCCGUGCUUUCCAGAUCUACGAUGCAAACACUCUACACCUGUUGUUUGUCACAAAGGGUGAGCUACCAACUGCCAUUACUGCGUUGACUGCUCAUUUCCAUUACCUAUACGCUGCAUAUGGCAACACCAUUGGUAUCUUCAGAAGAGGUCAACUGGAGCAUUCCAUUGAAGUUGCAGAGCCAAUAAAGAGACUCCUGGUGUUUGGUGAAUACCUCGUUGGUGCCUCAGACGAGACGAUUUACGUCUUUAAAAAGAAUCAAGGAUCAAAAUAUGCCACUGAGUUAUACACCACGAUCCCAAUCUCCUCUGAGAUCACCGGAUUAGUCCAUCCUCCUACUUAUCUAAACAAGAUUGUUGUCUUAACAACAACAGGUCUUCAGAUCAUCAAUGUCCAUUCCGGCAAGUUGAUCUACAUGGCUGAAUUACCAUAUACACUGACAACCGUGGAAUGUGCACCAGCUCUGGACAUUGUGGCUAUUGGUACGACAACUGGUGAGAUCAUCUUGUACAACCUGAAGAAGGGCAAGAUCUUACGUACAAUCAACACUGCUCACAGUGUGACCAGCGUAUCUUUCAGAACAGAUGGUCCAGCACAUCUUGUUGCAGGCCAUGCUAACGGUACUUUGGGCUUUUAUGACCUGAAUAGAAAGACACGUAUUCACGUUGUGAAUGCUCAUAAAGAGAGUCAUGGUGGUGUUUCUAAAGCUCAAUUCCUCAAUGGUCAACCCAUCAUUGUCACCAAUGGUGGUGACAAUCAAUUGAAAGAGUUUGUCUUUGAUCCAUCCCUUUCUUCCAACGAUGCUGUUGUUUCUCCUCCAAGACACUUGAGAUCAAGAGGUGGGCACGCUGCGCCUGUUACUACUUUCCAAUUCGCAGAUGAAGCUGGCCACUAUAUCAUCUCUGGUUCAGCAGACCGUACCGUGUGGAAGUUUUCCCUGAGAAAAGACGCACAGUCCCAAGAAAUGUCUCAAAGAGCCCAGAAGAGAACUGAUGGUAAAAGAGAGGGUGGUUCUAAAGAGAAGUUCCCAGAGACCAUAUCGUUGGCAAUUGAAAACAACAGGGUUGGAGAAUGGGAAAAUGUAGUAUCUGCCCAUCAAGGUGAUGUUGUUGCUCGUACAUGGAGUUCUCAGAAUAACAGAGUAGGAAGACACAAGUUGAGCACCAUUGAUGAGGGUACAGUGAAGGCUGUUGCGAUAUCACCAUGUGGUAACUUUGCACUUGUUGGAUCUGCAAAUGGUGGAAUUGGUGUGUAUAACCUCCAGAGUGGUAUACUGAGAAAGAAAUACCAGUUGCAUAAGAAGACCGUGACAGGAUUGGCCCUCGACGGCAUGAAUAGAAAGAUGGUUUCAUGUGGCCUGGACGGUAUCGUUGGAUUCUACAACUUUUCAGAAUCUAAGUAUCUUGGUAAACUGGAUUUGGGAUCACCAAUAACUACGAUGGUUUAUCAUAGAACUUCUGACCUCUUUGCUAUGGCAUUGGACGACUUGUCCAUUGUUGUCGUUGAUUCGGUCACACAGAAGGUUGUGAGAGUGUUUUGGGGCCACUCGAACAGAAUCACUUCGUUGGACUUCUCACCUGACGGACGUUGGAUUGUUUCCUCAUCUCUAGACUCAACUAUCCGUACAUGGGACAUUCCAACAGGGUCAUGCAUUGAUGGUAUGAGAUUACCACAUGUUACAACAAAUGUCAGAUUCUCUCCAUUGGGUGAUUUCCUUGCAACAACACAUGUAUCUAAAGUUGGUAUAAGUCUUUGGACCAAUCGUGCGCAGUUUAGACCGGUGUCGACAAGAAACAUCGAAGAAGAAGAGUUUGUCGAUGUGACACUCUGUGCAACUACUGCUGCUUCUACUUUGUUAGAUGGUGCAUUCGAUGAUGGUGGGGACAGAGAGAAGUAUAGCAACCAUUAUGAGUCCAUGGAUCAGAUCAGCGAUGACCUCAUAACACUUUCUCUUGGUCCAAGAUCAAAGUUCACUACUUUGCUAAACUUGGACACGAUCAAGCUGCGUAACAAGCCGAAGGAAGCACCAAAGAAACCAAAGUCUGCACCAUUCUUCCUUCAACUCUCAGGAUCUGCUGUUGGUGACGAUGCAUCCGGUAGAGAGGGCAAGUCGGCCCAUAUUGGUGAUAAUGUCGAUGAUGGAUCCUCUGAGUCACAUCUACAAGAGUUGAAGCCUUUAAAUGGAAGAUUUGAAAGUGAAUUCACCAAAUUGUUGAGAGUGUGCUCAGGUACAAAGGACUACACCUCCUUCCUCAACUUCUUCGCUCAGGCACCACCCGCAGUUACGGAUUUGGAAAUUAAGUCCAUCAACACGGUCAAUUUGACUGAAAUGACCUACUUCAUCGAGGCCUUGACUCAAGGAUACAAGUCUAACAUCAAUGUUGAUCUUAUUGAAGCGUGGAUGUCAAUGUUGAUGAAGAAUCAUAGUGAUGUGCUACAUACAGUCGAAGAUGAAGCAUGUUCAUUGGCAUUAGAUGGCUGGUACGAUGCCCAUAAGGGAAAGACUGAAAAAUUCGAUGAACUUAUCAAGUAUUGUUCUGGUGUUAUCAACCUCUUAACAACUGUAUAAAAAAUGUCCAUUUAUAAUUUCAAGACACUACCAAAUCCUUCUCAU